AUGGCCCGCCUCCUCCACUCAGUGCUCGACUCCACGGAAGGGAAAUCGAUCUCUCAUCCUCCGGUGGAUGCCUCAGAGGCAGGUGGGGCUGAAGGGGAUCAGGAAGAAGAGGGAAGUUGGGGUCGUGCCCCGGUGUCAAGCACCAGACGUCGGAAACGCACCACUUUCAGCAGGGGACAGCUUCUUGAGCUAGAGAGGGUGUUUGCAGCCCGGCCUUACCCAGACAUUGGUACCCGAGAGCGGUUGGCACGGCUCACCCGUCUUCCCGAGGCCAAAAUCCAGGUUUGGUUUCAGAAUCGCCGGGCCAGAAGAAUCAAGAGCAGGAAGCCAGAAGGACUGAGCUCCUGGACCAAGGAUCCCCGGGGAGCUCUCCCUCCGGCCAAUAACCCUCUGCACCCCCAGGACCCUGAGAGAUGGAGACACUCCUCACCACAUGAUAGUGACCCCAAUUCAAGCCGGCUACCCUUUUGCCCUGCUCCUGGCCUGGCCCCGGGGCACAGUGGUAUGAGGGUCAAGGUAUUGGGCCCUGGUGGGGUUGGUCCACCUGGGGCGGUGUCCAAGCCUCCAGGGCCACUCCACCGAUGGGAACGUGGUGCCACUCAGACCUCUCUGGGCAGCCUCUCUGACCUUAUUUAUAAUGCAGCCAUUGUCACCAACUUGGAUGAUGCCUAAUCUGGGACACUGAGAUCUUUCCUCUUCUCUCAUCCUAGAAUGAACUCUUUUUACCUUGACUCUGGAAACCCUCCAUAUCAGUAGCCAAUUCCUGCUCAGGCCCCUUCCUUAGAUAAGAGUUACUUGAGGGGGAAAAAGUUGACUUGGCUUUCUUUCCUCCUUUUCUGAUCACUUCCAAGACCCAAUAAGGAGAGCUGGGCUGAGAAUAUGUAUGAUGGAGGUCCAGGGUCGGGCAAUCAGCUAAAGGUGCCUGCAUGGAUAGGCUAAGGGCUAAUCCCUUCAGGAUGGAACAAAGGCCAGGCCUAUCCCCGGGAGGCCAGCCUUCUCAAUGCACUGUUCUGGUCCUGGAAGCACAGACCUCAGUGAUACUGCCCAUCAUCAGAAUCACCCAGGGAUCUCAGCAGCCAUCUAGUACAACCCAUAUACCAAUGGAAUCCCAAGUAUCACAUACAACGUCACAUGCCUAUUUCCCCUGCAGCUGGACGUCUGUGGGUGAGAGAUCCCUUUGCGAGGGAUUGGGAGAGUAGGUGGUCCGUUGGAAUGACACUUCCAUUCCCAAUCUCCUCAACUCCCCAGCCAGGCUCUGGUAACCUCAGUGGUAACCCCCCCCCGCCCCCAUCCAGUUACAUUUUCCCUCUCUGAAGGCAGAUGUCUACUUCCCUCUCACCCCCUCCCUGACAUUACUUAAUUAAAAUCCAAAUGUAAGCUGAGAGAGCUGGGUAAUUAGAAUGCUGUCCCCAUCUCUGCUUUCCAGCUGGUGGAGACAGCAGCUGGUCCAUGGAUGCCAUGGCCCAGUUCACAGAGGGUUAACCUCCCCUUUCUAUAUCCCUCCCCCCCAAUCCCCCACUGGACAAAUUAAUCUGGACCAUGGCACCUCUGUGACCACAGGAAGAAAUAUCAUUUUUCCUGCAGAGGGAAUAUUAUUAAAGUAAUAAAGAGAAACCCAGGGCCCUGAGCUUAUCUGGAUUUGAAUUAGAAGAGCUUUGACCCUGGGUCCCAAGGCCCACCUGACUCCAGCCAGAGGAUCUUGUACAUAAUGGGGUAUGGGAAAGGGAGGGCAGUGUGUUUCAGCCCAUCCAUCAGCUGUAAUACCAACUAAUCUCCCAAAUAAAA